UACUGGGUGUUAACGUCAUGAUCUCGCGAGAUUUCACGGCAGGAUAAAAAAGUUUGGAGCGAUUUAAAGAUUGAAUUCAGUUAGUUUUUUGCGGCGAGGGGACUGACAAGGUGUUCGGCAUAGCUAAGGGAUUCAGCGGCAAAUAUUUGGAACAAAUGGAGACCAGGAUCACAUUUGGAUCAUCUACCAGUCCAUGCAGGACUGUUAGUCAGGAGGACCAAGUAUUGGAGGAAAAAGGAAGCUGUGACCCAGACAAAAUCAUUCAGUGUCCGUACGACAAAAACCACCAGAUCCGCAACAGCAGGUUUCCGUAUCACAUUCUGAAAUGCCGUAAGAAUCACCCAAAGUUGGCCAAUGAGCUGAGGGCCUGCCCUUUCAAUGCUCGCCACCUGGUUCCUAAACAAGAGCUGGCUCAACAUAUUGAGAUGUGUGAGAACCGGAGAAGCCCUGAAGAAUCUGAAGAGAAAGAUGAAGACUGUGCAUGGCGUGUUCCUGUCCGAACGCGGGAAAAUCCGUGCAAGACGGAGGACUGGGACAUGGAGGCAGACGACCAUGCUGUUCCAUUUGUGUGGGGCGUGACACCCCAGAUGAAUCAACAGCCAGUCAACAAUCUUCCUCAGGGUUUAAGAGCACCCAACGCCCUCCCCUGGGAGUCUUUCAAGCAAUAACUAUUGUUGUUAAUCCAGACAUUUUAUUAUAAUGUUAUUUAAUCUUGAUUUUAAAAAGUUUUAAUUGGACUACAUUUUAAGUUCUGUCUCAACAUAACGGUAAACUUUUUUAUCUCAACUUUUUUUGAUUACAUUUUCAAACUUUUUUUUCAUAUAUCUACCAGAUGUGACUUGUUUGCACACGACCCUUUAAUAUUUGCCUUUUAUCUCUUUAUUAUUGUAAAUGUUUGAACAAAGAAGUGCUGAAUCCACUGGUCAAAAUGCAGCAGUUUUUAUUUUGUGUUACUGUUUUUGCUAAACUAUUGAAGUAAUGCUGCAGGUGC